GAAUGAGACGGAAUCAGAAGUCCGUAUGCGCCGUCAAAUAGGUCCCCCGCGUUGCGCCUCGUCCCGUAGCGUCGGAGGUGGAUGUCCGUCUGCGACCAUCAUGGAAAGGGUCCCAAGUAGGUGUGCACGCUAUUUAAUUAGCCCACCGUCCCCAGAUCCCUCUCGCGAUAUAUCUAUUUCGUUCGCUAUCCAAGCACAAAGUCAGUGGCACCUUGCCUGCUGAACUACCAGCUAGUCGCACAGUAUGUCGUCCUCCACAGUCAUCGCUCAAGAGCCCCAGGUUCAGACUAAUGAGCCCAUUGUCCUGACAACGGGGGCAGCUGUGCGACUCGCGGCGAGGAAUAAUGAGCACACUCAUUCAACGUCGGGGCUCGCCCCUGGCUAUCUGCAAGCAAACCUCAUAAUGCUGCCCUCAAAAUAUGCCUCUGACUUCCGAGAUCUGUGCGCGCGGAAUCCAGUGCCCUGUCCCCUUAUCGCAGAGUCGCGCAACCCGGGCGAUUAUGCUGCGCUUCAAUCUUACUUGCCCGGGGUCCCUGACGAGCAGAUGGCGCGGGCUCUAGACCUGCGCACCGAUUGCCCCAAGUUCAACGUGUACGAGAACUCGCAGUUGAAGCUCGCCGGUAUACCGGAUAUUCUCGAGCACUGGACUGCGGAUCACGUCGCAUUCCUGAUCGGCUGUAGCUACAGCUUCGAAUCGGCCCUCGUGCGCGCCGGCUUGCCGCCUCGGCACACCGUACUGGACCGCAAUGUGCCCAUGUACCGCACCAGCAUCCCGCUGAACCCCGCCGGCGUGUUCAUGGGUGGCACGUACGUGGUGUCCAUGCGGCCGUACAAGAAAGCCGAUAUUGAAACGGUGCGGGCCAUCACGCGGCGCUAUCUACCUACACAUGGCGAGUGCAUCGCGUGGGGCUGGGAUGCUGUCGAGAGGUUGGGCAUCAAAGAUAUCAAUGUGACACAAUGGGGCGAUGCGCCGCUGACGAUGGACGGUCGGCCCUUGGGUGAUGUAUUCGGAGACGAAGACAACGUCCCUGUCUUUUGGGGCUGCGGCGUAACCCCGCAGGAAGCUGUCAUGAGGGCCGAGCUGGACGGCGUGGUAAUGGGACAUGCCCCUGGCCACAUGUUAUUGUUAGACUGUCUGGAGGAUCAAGUGCUUGUUUGAGUACACAACCAGGUAUUCAUCAUCCCAUAGCAUGGGAACCACUUUACCUUGAGCUCGGCUUUAUUAUUUAUUUAGCAGGUUGUUUCAUAGCGGGUGUUCAUACAUAGUACAUUGGUUUAUUUUAUUUUUUUCUGACAUUAAAGGUUGU